GUUCCCUCUUCUUCUUUUCCUCUCUCACCUGUAACCAAAAACCCUCAGAAACACACAAUUGAUGGCUACAGAAUCACCAAAAUUUCAUCACUGAAAGUUGUAGUUUCAUCCUGCAAUAGCUACAAAUAAAAAAAAUUAAAGCUAACAAUGGCGAGCCUUCCUGAAGAUAUGAUCAUCGUUAUAGUAUCGAAGUUUCCAGUCAAAUCGAUCUCUCGCUUCAGGUGUGUGUGCAAACGUUGGUGUGAAUUGUUCAAAAACCCUAAGUUUAUUAAGACACACCUUCACCAUGCUAUUGAAAACAACAAGUUUAGUGUCCUGCUUGAUACAAAUUUCGCGGUUUAUGUGAUAGGUUCUGAUGACGAGAAUAGGGGUGUUUAUAAAACCAUAGAUUUUGAUGUAACAUCCUCCUUACCUUACCCUAUGGCUGUUCGAACUGAUCUCCCACAAGAUACGUUUCUACCUGGUUAUCCACGUAAUUAUCCAUGUGAUGGCUUAAUCAGCUUAUCCACCGGUAGUCCUUAUGGGGGUAGACGGAAAAUGAUAUGCUUGUGGAAUCCAUCAACAAGAGAAUACAAAGAUAUACCCACACCAACGUCAAAUCUAGAAGGCUUCUCCAGAUAUGGUGUUUGUUAUGAUUGGAAAGUUGAUGAUUACAAGUUGUUCAAGUUAGUGGCCAAUUCAGAAUUUAGUAUUACCUCUGAAGUUUGGGUUAGUAGAUUAGGUUCAAAUUCAUGGAAUAACAUUGGAGACAUAAGUUAUAAUGUGAAUCGUAGUAACAAUAUGUGUGUGAAGCCUUUAAAUGGAAUUCUACAUUGGAUAGGAAACACUGAAGUUAUAGUCUAGUUCGAUAUAGUUGAAGAGCGAACCAAAGAAAUCUAAGUACCCAGUUGCUAUCUACACGACUGCAGGUAUUCAUAUGAAGAUAUGGAAGUGGUUGUCUUGGGAGAGGAACUUUGCCAAUCAGUUCAUCCAAGCACUAAGAGCAACAUCGAGCUUUGGGUAAUGAAAGAUUAUGGAGUUACAGAUUCUUGGACCAAAAUUUUCAGCCUUUCAAGAGAUACAAUAAAUUUUCACAGGUUAUUGCCCCUGCAUUAUCUCAAUAAGAAUCGCGAGAUUCUAUUACAGGGUUUACAUUUUGAAGUCAAUGAUGCUUUAGUCUCAUAUAAUCCCAAGAGCGGAAGACUUGUGGCUCUUGAUAUCCCGGCAUGCCAAAACAUUUUAAUGCGACUACGUUUGUUGGAAGUCUAGUUUCACUCAAUUCAGGUGAAUUCGUUAAGGCUUCAAAAAUAUCUAAGGUGAAUACCAGUGCUGGCGCUUAUAAGUUCUUUUCGCUGACAGUUGAGCGAGCGAAAUCCGAAUAUUGGGAGUUACGAAGUAGGUAUGGCCUGGGCCCAUUUCUUGUUUUCUCGGCUGUGCUUGGCUCGUUCUCUGCAAUUAUCUUGCAUUUGGUAUUUUGGUAUUUAGAUCCUUCUGCUUGAAAUGGUUGAACAAGAGUCCCUGCUAUGAAACUGGAAAUGGUGGUAGCAGCACAUGUUGUCAUCAUCCACGAAAGAAACAACAAAGGUAUUGGUGGUUUAUCCUUAGCAGCCACUGAAAUAAAAAUUACUCCACUACUUAUUUUCUUCUCGUCUUUCCACUGUAUGAUUGAAAACUUUCUUUUCUUACUUUACUUCUUAAUUACCCACUUCCGAUGAAA